UCUGCGUGUCACGUCAGCGCUGCCUGUUUCUGCAGCGCGGCUUUUCCUCGCACCGCAAUCGCGUCCGCAAAUAUAUCAUCAUCAUCAUCAUCAUCAUCAUCUAACUGGAAACUGUGUCGUCGCCUCCGCUCCCAGCCAGUUUUGUCACGCGUUGCGGGACGUCGCGCGGCGACCGGACCUUCAGCAGACCCCCAGCAGAGGCAGUCCUCCCUGCCCACGCGACGGAUGGAAAAGUGCGAACGGCGGGGCGACGGGGGGGGCACCGCUGUACGGGGGCAGCAGGAGGGCUGCGAAAGGCGCGGGAGCUGCAGCGCUUCGCAGCAUCUCUGAGACCCGCAGAGAGAGACCAGCAGCAGCGGAGAGACCAGCAGCGGCAGAGAGAGUCCUGCAGUGCGGCGGAAGUGGGACACUGGAGGAGGUCAGGGUGUCCAGUCAGUGCUGGACCACGUGGACAGAGCAGCGCAGGGACUGGGAGGACAAAGAAGCUGAUCUGCAUCACUUGAGCCUUGAGCUUUUUUUUUGAAUAAAUGAAAUGGAUGGUUCCUCUGGCACUUUGGAUGACAGCAUUUCGGCGGCAAGUGCCUCGGACGUGCAGGACCGCCUGUCUGCGCUGGAGCUGCGGGUGCAGCAGCAGGAAGAUGAGCUGACGGUGAUGAAGGCCGCUCUGGCCGAUGUCCUGAGACGUCUGUCGCUCCCUGAGGGGCCUGUCCCUGGCAGGAAGACCCCCAGCAAGGGUCAGAGCAUGCUGCGUGAGGCCUACUCCAUGUCAUGCAUCGCAAACGGGAGUUCCGUCGGCCACAAGCUGGGUCACAGAAACGGCUCCUCGGUGUCCCUCAUCCGGAAGGAGACGUUGUCCUCAGCAGCCAAGAGCAGCAGAAAGCGGGGGUCAAGGAUGGAACGGUCGAAGAGCAGCACAUGGGAGAGGGCGGAGGAGAGCCGGGGAAAGCUGGUGAAGGCGGCAUCAACCUCCAAGCUCUUGGCCAAAGGGACGAAGAGCAUGGAGAAGCACUGGGACCCUGUGAUCAGUCAAGAUGGAGACCAUAUUAAGAUGUUCAUCCGAGGACGCCCCAUCACCAUGUCCAUCCCAUCCAGUGUGGAGAACUAUGAAGAUAUCUGUGUGGAGCUUCCAUCAGAGACACUGAAGCUGGAGUGGGUGUAUGGCUACAGGGGUCGUGACUGCCGAGCCAACAUACACCUAUUGCCCACUGGGGAGGUCGUGUACUUUAUUGCCUCAGUAGUUGUGCUCUUCAACUAUGAGGAGAGGACACAGCGCCACUACCUGGGACACACCGACUGCGUCAAAUGCCUUGCUGUUCACCCUGAUAAGAUUCGCAUCGCCACUGGACAGACUGCUGGAAUGGACAAGGAUGGAAGGCCUCUGCAGCCCCAUGUCAGAGUUUGGGACUCGGUCAGCCUGUCCACCCUGCAGGUCAUUGGGCUUGGAACCUUUGAGAGAGGAGUUGCAACGUUGGCUUUCUCUAAAGCUGACUCAGGCAGCCAUCUAAGUGUCAUUGAUGACUCCACUGAGCACACGCUGACUGUGUGGGACUGGCAGAAGAAGUCCAGGAUAGCUGAGAUUAAGACCACAAACGAGACAGUGCUGGCAGUGGACUUCCACCCCACAGACACCAGCACCAUUGUCACUUGUGGAAAAUCACAUGUCUUCUUCUGGACCUGGAACUGCUCGUCACUAGUCCGCAAGCAGGGCAUCUUUGGGAAAUACGAGAAGCCGAAGUUUGUCCAGUGUGUCGCUUUCCUCCCUAGUGGAAACAUCUUGACAGGUGAUUCGGGGGGGAUUCUGCUGGUGUGGAGCCGCAGCACUGCUAUGGAUCUUGCUCCAGGGAAGGGUCCAAAAGUGAACAUGUUUCAGAUCAGUCAUCAGAUCAAGGCUCACGAUGGAAGCCUGUUUACCAUGUGCCAGAUAAGAAAUGGGAUGUUGUUGACAGGAGGAGGAAAGGACCACAGGAUCAUCCUGUGGGACCAUGACCUAAACCCGGAGAGGGACAUUGAGGUCCCUGACCAAUAUGGAGCCAUCCGUGCUCUGGCAGAAGGAAAAGGAGAUGAGUUUUUUGUUGGGACAUCUCGCAACUUCAUACUGAGAGGAACGUUUAAUGAUGGCUUCCUGGCAGAAGUACAGGCUCACACAGAUGAACUGUGGGGGCUUGCCUCGCACCCUUUCAAGCAUCUAUUCCUCACUUGUGCUCAGGACAGGCAGGUGUUCCUGUGGAAUGCUGUGGACCACUGCCUGGAAUGGACUAAACUUUUGGAUGAACCAGGGCACUGUGCAGAUUUCCACCCUGGUGGUGCUGUCGUGGCUAUUGGGACUCACUCAGGAAAGUGGUAUGCUUUGGAUGCAGAGACAAGGGACCUGGUUGCUAUCCAUACCGAUGGUAGCGAACAGCUGUCUGUCAUUCGUUACUCCACAGAUGGCGCACUACUAGCAGUGGGGUCACAUGACAACUUCAUUUAUAUCUACACCGUUUGGGAGAAAGGGCGACGGUACAGCAGACACGGGAAGUGCGCCGGUCAUUCCAGCUACAUCACGCAUCUUGACUGGUCCACUGACAGCACCUGCAUCAUGUCCAACUCAGGAGACUAUGAAAUACUUUACUGGGACAUUCCAAAAGGGUGCACACUGAUCAGGAACCGCUCACAGUGCAAAGAUGUGGACUGGGCCACUUACACCUGUGUGCUGGGAUUCCAGGUGUUUGGUGUAUGGCCCGAGGGUUCCGAUGGUACAGACAUCAACGCCCUGGUCAGGUCUCACAACCGCAAGAUACUCGCGCUUGCGGAUGACUUCUGCAAAGUGCACCUGUACCAGUACCCCUGCUCCCGGCCCAAGGCUCCGAGCCAUAAGUACAGCGCCCACAGCAGUCAUGUGACCAACGUCAGCUUCCUGUAUGACGACGGCCAUCUAGUGACCACAGGGGGCAAGGACACCAGUGUGAUUCAGUGGUGUGUGGUGGAGAAGAACCAUUCAUUGGUCUUGGGGGAGGGCCUUACCUUGGGAUUGGGGGAGGGAGUAACUCAGAGACCCUCCCACUGGGGUGGAACUUCACACACAGAAUCCACCCAGCAGCGCAGCUUGGUCAUUCCCACUAAGCCCAGACCAAAUGAACAACACAAACUCUCUCCUGAUACCCCGCCGACUUCUGGCAGCACACUAAGUGCUGAAGACAGCCUGGAGCAGCGGAGUGAUGACACAGCCACACCAGUUGAUGAGCAUGCUCCUUCCCUUCCCUUGUAAAGUGCUAGAGUUUGCUGCAGUGACAUCUAGUGGCACCUGGAUGUCACUGCAGUAUAGUGGGCAGCUGCCAACCUACUUUUAGAGAUGUUGGGAGAAAACAUUAAUUACUCAUAUUGUUGUGACAUGAACAGCACUGAUGAGUUUGUUGAGAGAGAAGGAAGGGGAAAAUAACAAAUACACAAAGACAUGUUAAAGCUGAGAUAAAAACACCAGUAAACACAAAAAUCCUCUUGUACAUGUUCCACUGAGAUAACGCUUUAUGUCCUGAUUCAGUUUUACAGAUUGAUUCACUGUCGGGUGUAUCGGUUCCUCCGAACUCUGAAUAUAGCAAGUCCGAGGUCACAUGCAUGACUCUUAGAGGGCAGAGGAAUGCAUUUUCUCACUCUGGAGUCAUCUUCACAAGAGAACCUUGUGGAAAACAAGGAAUAACCUGUUGGAGUCCAAGACUUUUGUUGCUUUCAAGUGGACUGAUUCAGUUACUUGAAGAAUCUCCAGUCUCACUUUCAAGCAGAUGUGGGAUGAAAUAUGGAUCUGAAAUGAGGAUGAGGAGGAGAACAGACACAACAGGCAUGUGGAGAGUAAUGUCAGCAUAUAACAUAAGGCAAUGACAGCAUAAAGUAAUGUACAACAAUGAAACUUACCAUUUUUAUUAUGCAUCUGGAAAUGUCAGGAGAUAAUUGAUGUUAUGAAAACUGCUGAAGUCAAGAGAAUAACAGAAAUGUGUUUUAAUGGCUCAUUUGUACGGGUGUGAUCUGGAGCAUUUAUUGCACUGAAAUUUAAAUGGUCAAACAAUCUCAAGGGUAGACUUUUAUUUUCAGAUGGAUCUUGUUUAUCUUAUUAAUUAUUUUCAAGUAGAAAUUGAAGUAUUCAAAAGCUACACUUCUGCAAACCAUAGUCAAAUAAAUUGCCAAAAACAGUAGUUAUAGACAUCUCCACCAUGAUGGCAUUUUAGUUCCAGAGACCUUCACUGGACAGAUCUUUAGAGCUCCAAAGUUUCUUCCAUCAUUUUUUAAAUAAGGAGAGAAAUGUGGAAACAGUUUAUCAGUGAAAAUGUCUUUAAAAGUGUUGAUGUGUGACAUCUCAGUGGGGUUGAAGAAGGACGCCUUCACCGUGUCAUAAUCCAGUUGAACCUGGAUCCUCUGGGGUUUCUUCUUCAACAUAAGAUGUGCAGCUGUUGAAUCACAGGCAACAUCUGCAUCCUCACUCCUCAGAAAUAAA